AUGUCACGUAUGUUGGCUGGUGGAAGAGGUGAUGAUACGCUGAAGAGGACGCGAGCAAGGCCUACUCCUGAACGGUCAUCUGCUGAUAUUAUUUCAGCGUCGAGCUCGUUGAGUCGGCCAGCGGAUUCACUAAGUCCUAGCCGCGAAUCACCGGAUGACGAGAUUCUGGAUGGCCUCGUUAAAGCAGCCACUAUACAAAGUGAGCCUCGUGACCACCGUCGCAGGGCUAAACAAUUUAAUCGCAAAUCCUUAAGGCGUACGCGAACGUUGAAGCUUGUUGAUGAGCAGCCGGGUAGCGCCGCAACCAGUGCCUAA